AUGACCUCCUUUGGCUUGUUCUACUCUCCUACAGCCACAAAUCAAAACGAUUUAUCACUCACCGAUAAGAUUGGAUUCAAAUUGGUCAACGGCCUUCGAGUUCCAACACCUCUUGGCAAUUGUGCGCAGAAUCAGCAGCAUGACACUCAACAACCAGACUUUGCCGGUUAUGUGAGCCUCUUUCACUCUCCCACCGCUGAACUGCUGCGAGGCAGGAUCGUCCCAAAUCACAGACUUGUGAAUGGCUAUCACGUUCCCAAGAAGAUCGGUUGUCGCAACACUACGCCUUUCCCUUUCGAAGAGGAAAAAAAUCUCUUUCAUUCGCCCACUGCGGCCCUGGUCUCUGACAAAGCUUGGCUGGAAGCCUCAGUCAGAUAUAUCGACAAUCUCCGAAUUCCACCUCGCAUUGGUGGCAAUCAACACCAGUCUAUCAAUUGUCGUCAUGACUCUCUCAGAUCAACCAUUUCUGAGCCUCAGUCUCAAUCCCAGAGCUGGCUCUCUUUCAACGAGCCCAUCAUCUAUUCCCCGACAGCUGCUUCCCUGCGAGGUCCAGAAGGUGACUGCCAGCUCCGAACCAACAACGAUCUUCGGAUUCCUCGUUUCAUCAGCCGCCGUCGAAAAACCACCGAUGCCAUCAGCAGCCACAAGGUCGAAAUGAGAGUCGGAAAUGCCAAAACCGAAGCCUCUGGUGUCUUUCAGAAGCACCCUUUCAAAAUCAUGAGCAGACCUAUCGACUUCUGCACACACUAUAGUUACAAAACCGCAAGUGCAGCUCACGUUAUCCACGCUGAUCCAAACAAUGUGGAAGAUGAUGGUGACAGACCAGAGGCUAAACAAGCCCAGCUCUGCAGAUGUGUCGACCUCGCGAUCAGCCAACUCCACGACCCUUUUACCAACGAAGACAGACAUGUCCUUCGACAGAUUCUCAGCUAUCUCGACCAGCGCAGGCAUGAACUGUUUGCGCGCCGCAUUAGUGUUGACUCGAAUGCGCCACAGAUCAAUGUUCCAGCAUCUUGGUUAGAGGUGGCAGACCUCGCCUUUGAGGGGAUUCGCACGGUCGACUACCCAUACCUCCUUCGCGUCAUGCAGGCCAUUGACAUACUCGCUUGCGGCAUCUGGUAUGCUGAUUCAGAGCAGCAAAAGUAUACGCAUGAGGAGAACACUUCUCUUGAGUUCAUUUAA